AUGAAUUCCGGUGUUCCGUUAAUCAUUGGCCUUUUCUUAUUAUUCACUCCUAAAUCAUUUUGUUUAAAUGUUUUAUUAACUAGUAUCGGCCAUGCUGGUCAUGUUACACCUAUAUUCGAAUUAGCAAAAUCAUUGGAACAUCAUAAUAUUACAUUUGUAACUCAACCAUUAGCUCAAUCUUACGUUAAUUUCAAUUAUUUUUCUAAGACAUCUUCAUUUCGUCUUAUUUACACGAAUGAUUCAAUCGAUGCAUUUAUAGCUGAAAAACAAAAAGAACAACAACUUAUUGACUUCGCUGCUAAUCAUGGAUUUUUCGAUAACAUGGGUUAUACAACAGAACUAUUGAAUGGCGAUGUCAAUUCUCUAUACAAUAAAAUAAUCCAUCUUUUAAUGAAUGAAAAAUUUGAUGUUAUUAUUGCGAAUUCAUUAAUCAAAGGCAUUCAUGCCCUAUCCAAACAAGCAAACACAUCUUGUGUCGUACAGAGUACAGAAUCCAUUCCAAAUAUGUUGGAUUUUAACCUACCAAAUAUAUUUUCAUUAUUAUCAAAAGAACAAAUGACUCGAAUCAAAUAUCGUAUCUAUAAUGUCAUCUACACUCUACGACUUGGAAUAAUUUUAAUAACAAAGAUCUUACCAACAGCUGGAAAGAUUAGUAAAUCUCUUCCACAAGUUCCAGGACCAUUUUACGAUAGUCUUUCGUUGAAAAAUAUUCUAUUAACUGAAACACAAUGUUUAGAGCUUUUCAAUAUCCCACCCACAUUCUACACACAAUCGUAUACAAAUCAUUAUACGAAAUAUCUUGGAGCAUUUAUAGAUGAACAAGGUAUUGAAUAUACCGAGAAUGAAUUGAGUACAUGGGUUAGAUCAAAAGCAAAUAAGUCGAUUAUAUAUGCUGCUUUUGGUACCAGUUCAUUGAUUAAAUUUAAUCGAAUGCAAAAUUUAAUCAAUGGCUUAGCGGAAUUUUUGCUUAAAAAUCCGAAUUGUUUUCUGUUAUUAGUACUUCGUGGAAUAAACUAUGAAUCAUAUCAAAUGGUACUCAAUGAAAUGAAGAAUGAAGAAUAUCAAAAUAUCUUCAAAGAUUCACAACGUGUUCGAAUCGAAACUGGAUUUGUUCAACAAAAAUGGAUUUUACAAGAAAAUUCAAUCAAAUUAUUUCUCAGUCAUUGUGGUAUGGGUUCAUGUUCAGAAGGAAUUUAUUUCCAAAAACCCAUCUUGUGCAUGCCAUUUAAUAUGGAUCAAUUUAUCAAUGGAAAUUCAAUUGUUCAAUUAGGAAUUGGAUUGUCAUUGUUUAUCCCUCCUUCGCUAUUUCAAUCAUUACUUCGACCGUAUGAUUUUUAUGAUUACAAUUUUACUUCUGAUAGUGUAACAAGGAAAUUAUCAGAAAUAUGGGAGAACAGUAAUUAUCAACAUAUGAUUAGAAUUAUGUCACUUGAAAUGAAACAUGCUGGUGGUGUAAAACAAGCAGUGAAAGAAAUUGAAUUUCUGGUUAAUUUAAACGGAAACUUAGAUCGUUAUGCACCGUUUCAAAGUACAUUAGUAUUCUAUCAGAGAUAUCUACUAGAUUUGAUAAUCAUAAUCAUCAUAUUACCUAUGACAAUUGUCGUUUAUGGACUUAUCAAAUGUUGUAAACGACGUCAAAAAGAAAAACGUGAUUAA